CUUCUUCUUAUUUAUUUGUCGAAAACCUGACAAAGAGAUCAUCAUCAUAGCGUUCACUAAUGGUGCCUCUCUGCUCCAUUGAUUCUCUCUGACAAUCCUCUCUCUCUCUUUUGUCAACGCCUCAAAGAAGGUCAUCAGCUUUUCUAAUUCAAAUUCCGAUUUAGGGUUUAAUCGAAUUUCACUCAUCGAUGCUGAUUGAUUCGUUGAUCCAAAUAAAUAAUUCAGCUUUCGUAAUCAAUAAAUAAUUCAAUAGUAUCAUUAAGAGCCCCUCUUCUCACACGCAACCUCUCUCUCUCUCUCUCUCUCUCUCUCGAGUAGUUCGACAAUCCAAAUCUCCCAACUUGCUGCUUCCUCGAGGGAAGCUUUCUUUUGCUUCAUUGCGCGUGUCCCAUCCUCUUCUCCACAAGUAAAAGAUGGAGGUCAAGCGCGAGCGCGAAACGUACGAGAACUUCUCCGAGCUCUACGCCAUCAUCAAAGCCACCGAGAAGCUCGAGAAGGCCUACAUCCGCGACCUCAUCUCCCCUUCCGACUACGAAACCGAGUGCCAGAAGCUCAUCGUCCACUUCAAGACCCUCUCCGCAUCCCUCAAGGACCUUGUUCCAAGCAUCGAGAGGUUCGCCGACACCUACAAGAUGGACUGCUCAGCUGCUGUUUACCGCCUCGUGACCUCCGGCGUUCCGGCUACCGUGGAGCAUCGUGCUUCUGCGGUGGCGUCUACUUCGAGCUCUGCUUCCGUUGUUGCUGAGUGCGUGCAGAAUUUUAUAACUUCGAUGGAUUCGUUGAAGCUCAACAUGGUGGCUGUUGACCAGGUGUAUCCGUUGCUGUCUGAUCUCUCUGCUUCGCUUUGUAAGCUGAGCAUCUUGCCGCCGGAUUUUGAAGGCAAGGUGAAGAUGAAAGAGUGGCUUGUGAGGCUGUCUAAGAUGGGGGCUUCUGAUGAGCUCACUGAGCAGCAGGCCAGGCAGCUUCACUUUGACCUUGAGUCUUCCUACAACUCCUUCAUGGCUGCUUUGCCUAGUGCCGGUAACUAAAUAAUCAUGUUGUGUAAUGAUCAUGCCAGAUAAUUGUCUUCAUCUGAAUUGUAUGAAUCUAAAUUCUUACCUUGUUUUCGUUAGCUAUGAACUUAGAAAAGGUUAUUAGUCAGCA